AUGACGUCCCAACCAACUGACUUUGUGCCGGACGGAGAGGGAACUAUACCCCAAUCAAGUAACCCUGAACAGCCACCACCCCUGGACAAUCAAUCUGCUAAAAAACCAAAGUACGGAGGAGCUAAUGGUGUAAGCCCAACCCCUCUGAGCUUCAGAGACAAGAUCCUGAGAGGCCUUGAUUACUCGCUCUUUGACGUGGAAGAUGAUCCGGAGAUCGGGGAUGAAGAUGUCAUUCUGACGAAGGAUGGUGCCAAGGCCAAGAUUAUGAUAUCAGACCAAAUGAGAAGCUAUUGA